CUUAUUAAAUAGAUUUUCUUGCCUUGCCUCGAUUCAGCAAUGAUCCAAACUCCAGCUUCAAAUAAAGUGGCAGAAGUCAGAGAAGUGACUCGAAUAGAACGUAUAGGUGCACAUUCGCACAUACGAGGGUUGGGUCUAGAUGAUACUCUUGAAGCGCGCAAAGUGUCGCAAGGUAUGGUGGGACAAGCUGCAGCCAGAAGAGCCGCCGGAGUGAUUUUACAAAUGAUCAAAGACGGGAAAAUAGCCGGAAGAGCAGUAUUAUUAGCAGGACAACCUGGCACUGGGAAAACGGCCAUCGCCAUGGGUAUGGCUCAAGCACUUGGCCAGGACACGCCUUUUACUGCAAUGGCUGGAAGUGAGAUCUUUUCUCUUGAAAUGAGCAAGACAGAGGCUUUGACACAGGCUUUCCGAAAGUCCAUUGGAAUCCGAAUUAAGGAAGAAACCGAGAUGAUCGAGGGAGAAGUUGUGGAAAUUCAAGUUGAUCGCCCGGCAACAGGCCAAGGCAGUAAAAGUGGCAAGCUCACUCUAAAAACGACAGACAUGGAAACUAUUUACGACUUGGGAGUGAAAAUGAUUGAAUCGAUAACGAAAGAAAAAGUUCAAGCUGGAGAUAUUAUAACAAUUGAUAAAGCCACGGGAAAAAUAUCCAGGCUAGGUCGCUCUUUCACGCGAGCCAGGGAUUACGAUGCAAUGGGAAGCCAGACUAAGUUCGUGCAAUGUCCAGAAGGUGAGCUGCAGAAACGCAAGGAAGUUGUUCACACUGUCUCACUCCAUGAGAUAGAUGUGAUAAACAGUAGAAGUCAGGGUUUUUUGGCACUGUUUUCCGGAGACACUGGAGAAAUCAAACCGGAAGUGCGUGAUCAGAUAAAUGCCAAAGUGGCUGAGUGGAGAGAAGAAGGCAAAGCUGAUAUUGUACCUGGUGUUUUGUUCAUUGACGAGGUGCACAUGCUGGACAUUGAGUGCUUCUCAUUUCUAAAUCGUGCAUUAGAAAGUGACAUGUCACCUGUUUUAAUCAUGGCCACAAACAGAGGAAUCACAAAAAUCCGAGGAACUAGCUAUAAAAGUCCUCAUGGGAUCCCAAUUGAUUUACUGGACAGACUGUUGAUUGUGGCCACCACUCCUUAUUCAGAAGCUGAACUGAAGCAGAUUCUGGUCAUUCGCUGUGAAGAGGAAGACGUUGAGAUAAGUGAUGAUGCGGUUGAGAUUCUGACCAAGAUUGCCCAAGAAGCUUCUCUCCGAUAUGCAAUACAACUCAUUACUACUGCCAACUUAGUCUGCAGAAAAAGAAAGGGAACAGAAGUGAGUAUUGAAGACAUCAAGCGGGUCUACUCUCUCUUUAUUGACGAGGCCAGGUCCACCGAGUUCCUCAAGGAAUACCACAAGGAAUUCAUGUUCAACGAAGACGAAGGUGACGCUAAUAUGGAAACGAAUUGAAAGUAUUGUGAUCUGGCAAAGGAACCCACAGCUACUGGACAAACCACGUCUUCCGCGCACCUUUUAUGAUCAUCUCAUGGCUCUAUGUUCAUUCUAGAAAUAGCAGUGCCCAUCGGUGUACAUAGCAAAAUUUGUACUUGUUUUGUUUUCUUUUCACUGAAAUACAUAUCUAUUUGAGA